AUGUCAAAGCCUCCUAUAUUCGGAGAUCCUGCGUCGCAGGGAAUCGAUGAGCUCCUGCAGCGAGCCCACAAGCUUUACACGAAGGCUCUGCAAGGAAACCCCUCAGAUCUGGACUUCGCCAUCGCACACUACCGUGGAACGCUGAGCGUAAUCUCGAAUCUGUCCUCCGAUGGGUAUAGUCAAUUACUGGGCGAUCUCGCGAAUGCCCUGGUCGUGCGCUUUCAGCAACAGGGCAGUCGUGCAGAUCUUGUUUGUGCCAUGGAAUGUCACCUUAAAGGAUUGGCUCUUCGCCCAAUUGGACAUCCAAUGCGAGCAAUCACCCUUGUGGACUUUGCCACAGCUCUCCUUGUUCGUUUCAAAGAAGACGGCAUGCUCAAUGACAUCCACCUUGCCAUUGAUAAUUUCGCUGCUGCACUAUCUCUAUGUCCCUUUGACCACCCAGCCAGGUGUGCCCUCAUCAUGAAAUACGCCAGUGCUCUCCUGUCGCGUUUCGAGUAUUGCGGAGAUGCUGAGGAUGCAGAGCGUGCAAUCGAACAAUAUCAGACGAUUGUCGAUUUAUCAUCUCCUCACGAACGCCCAGCUCCCCUUAAUAAUCUCGCCAACGCCCUUCAGUCCCGCUUCCAGCAGUUUCAUGAGCUAAACGACCUCGAAUUGUCCAUCCAGCAUUCUAGCUCCGCGCUUCAUCUUCUUCCAGCAUAUCAUCCUGAUCGACCACAAACUCUCCGCAUACUUGCGGGUGGCCUUUUCGAGCGUUUUCGUCAGAAAGGAGACGCAGUUGAUCUUGAGACAGCCAAGAAACACUAUCAGGCUGUACUCGAUCUGUGCUCUCAAGAACACCCCUAUCAUGCCCUUGCACUUAACAACCUCGCUGAUGUUUUGCUCGCGCGUUUCAAAUAUCAGGGCGAUUCAUUUGACCUUGAUCUCGCCAUUGGCCACUAUCGAACUGCUUGCAUCCAUUCGGAAGGACAGCCUGAUCAGGGGUUGCAUCUUGAUCAUCUAGGAAUUGCACAGUUACUCCAAUUUCGACAAUGUGGAGACAUAGCUGAUUUGCACCGCGCAAUUGAGAACCAUAGUCUAGCUCUCGAGCUGCAUCCUCUCGGUCACCAUCGUCGGCCAGCCACAAUGGCAGCCCUGGCGAGUUGCCUUGAUGCUCGUUUCGAGCAACAAGGAGAACUAGCAGAUUUCAAAACAGCCCUCAAUUGCUACAACGACGCAUUAGCGUUAUUUUCCCGGGACCACCCUCGGCGGCCUGUCAUACUGAAUAAUAUUGCUUCUGCCUUGGAGAUGUACUUCAGGCAGUACAAAGAUCUCAACAAACUCAACCGCUGCAUCGCAUAUUAUCGGGAAGCUCUUGAACUGUACCUCACAACCCACGUUGACCGGCCAGUUACCUUGACUGGCCUGGCUUGUGCGCUGUUGAGCAGGUUUGAGCUCCUCGGCGAUGAAUUUGAUCUUGAUCAGGCCUCGCUCUACUGCACCGUAGCACUGGAUGCUCGCCCGCCAGGACAUCCAGCAAGGCCAAUUUCUUUGCUGACUAUGGCAAGAAUUUGUCGGUCCCGGUUCUUGCCUUGGGAUGACCCAAAAAAGCUCGAUAGCGCCUUCGAACACCUUCGCGCAGCAAAAGAUGCUUGUAAACCAGGGCAUUCGCUGCUUCUUGACAUCCACGCAGAGUUAUCCGUAAUAUAUUUUCUUCGUUAUCUCAUAUUUCAGCAUUCCAUGGAUCUUAAGGAAGCUCUUGGCUAUCAUGAGCUGAGCAUGGCUUUCGGUUCUGGAGGGAUAUGGGCCGCGUUACGUGCAUCGCUGGAUUGGGUGCAGAGCGCCGAGGUGUUUAGGCAUGCGUCUGCUGUCGAUGCAUACCGAACGGCUUUGCGUCUUCUAGACCGCUGCGUCAUGGUUGCAAAGGCUCCAGAGCUCCGACAGGAGUUAGCAAAACGGCAUGCCGAGCUGAUGCUAGAUGCAUUCUCUGCAGCAAUCCGCCACAACCAACCUGAUCUAGCAGUUGAGAUGCUAGAACAAGGACGCCUACUGCUUUGGAGCCAGGUGGCUCUUCAUCGAAGCACUCUAGAUGAUCUCAGGAGCUGUGGCGAGCAGGGAGUUCGUCUUGGAAACCAUUUUGAGCAGCUCAACCACCAACUAGAGUGCGGGUGGAGGGGGCAGAGUGGUCGAGAAAGCCCACACCACCACAGAGAUUUACAGAAACAAAGGGAUGCGGUGAUCGCGCAAAUCAGGCGCCUGGAUGGCUUCAACAAUUUCUUCAUGCAUGCUUCCUUUGCCGACAUUCAGAGGGCAGCUAUUGAUGGACCAGUGAUUGUGGUUAACGCUAGCCACCAUAUGUGUAAUGCCAUCAUCAUAUUUACCACUGGACAACCGGCUCUUGUUCCCCUUCCAAAGGUCACCCUGAGAGAUGUUGCUCGGUUAGCAACUCUUUUUCACGAUAUCGUGCGAUUUUCUGGUGAUCCCGACCCUGGUCGCGACAGGGAGAGACGGCUAAUUGAUUUGCUCACGGAGUUAUGGGACCUGGUGGUCAGUCCAGUGGUUGACCGUCUUCUGCCACAUACGCCAAAGGGUUCGCGGAUCUGGUGGUGCCCGACUGGCAAAUUUACAGCCUUGCCACUGCAUGCUGCAGGCAUGUACCAGGGUAUCGAGCUGAACCUCUCGCAGCUAUACAUAUCUUCCUACACCCCGACUUUGUCAUCUCUCAUCAAAAGCAGAAGGACCAAAAGUAGUGCCACACCGCGCCGGUCACCCUUCACUCCUUUCUUGACCAAUUUUCUCAAAAGUCGAAAAAGCAAGUCUUCGAGGCCUUCCACUCCAGUUCCUGGGUCAUCUACGUUCGCCGCCAUUUGCAAUAAUGAGAGGACAGAGGACAUCGACAUGCUCCGCAAAGUGCUUCCUCUAACCUGCACCAUGACUCGCAUCACGGGCGCCAACGCAACAUACGAACAUGUCGUUCGCGCCAUUCACGAACAGCCAUGGAUUCACUUUACCUCCAGAGCAGAGCCCAACUUCGACCACUCAUUCGAAUCGCAUUUGCCCUUGCACGACAAGCCGAUGUCUCUGUUGGAGAUAGCACAGACCCUGGCGGAAGUGGAGCGGCCACCGGAGUUCGCGUUUGUAUCCGUGAGCCACGGAUCAAAUGGGACGGAAGGACACGAGACCAUGCACUUUCCCCACGCACUUCAUAUGGCAGGGUUUCAAAGCGUGGUUGGCGCUGUGUGGGCUGUGGAUGAAGAGGUCACGCGGCGGAUAGCGUCGGCAUUCUAUCAUUCUGUUGUUGUGGAGUCAAAGGGUGUGAUGAAUUCUGCCAACGCAGCAAAGGCUCUGAGCCAAGCCUUAAAUAUGGUUGAAGAAGGUAUACCAUUAGAGCAAAGGAUUGCGUUCGUCCAUGUCGGUAUUUAA